AUGUAUGCAUGUGCAUACAACGUAUACAUGUACAUAAUUACAAAUUUUUUUACCAUUUUUAUUUUAGGUGUACGACGAUGGGGUUUACGUUAUCCCCAAUGCAGAGGCCGCAAUCAGUCUCCAAUUAAUAUACUAACUAGUAAAGUUAAAAAAGAUUUGUACCUUCCGAAACUACAGCUUUACAAUUACGACAGACCGGUGACGCAAUCAACAAUAAGAAAUUCUGGUUACACAGUGACAAUCCUUCCAACAGAUGGUAUACGACGUGGCAUUCGGGUCAAUGGAGACGUAUAUACUUUGAACGAUAUUCAUUUCCACUGGGGAGAUAGAAAAGACAAAGGUUCAGAACACAAAGUCAAUUAUAAGCAGUUUUCAAUGGAGAUACAUUUUGUCCAUACAAAUAGAAGGGGUAGAUCUGCUGUAGUAGGUGUAUUUUAUGAGGUGGGUAUUUUAUUCAAAUCAUUUUAUAUGCUAUGA